AUGGCGACUCCCAAUAAUGUUACUCCCACCAACUGCAGCUGGUGGCCCAUCUCGGCGCUGGAGAACGACGCGGGGAAAUCCACGGAAGGGGAGGAAAAGCAGGACCCGACAGACCCCGCUCUCAAAUCCCAGGACAGGCUGGGUUUGUACCACUGGACCCAGUCCUUCAGCUCACAAAAGGUGCGGUUGGUCAUCGCGGAGAAGGGGCUGCCCUGCGAGGAGCGAGAUGUCAGCCUGCCCCUGAUGGAGCACAAGGAGCCCUGGUUCAUGAGGCUCAACCUGGGGGAGGAGGUGCCUGUCAUCAUCCACAAGGACAACAUAAUCAGUGAUUACAACCAGAUCAUUGACUACAUGGAGAAGAACUUCACAGGAGGUGAGGGGAGGGGCGGGCUGUGUCCUGGGGGAAACUCGGACACUAAUGAGUGUCCCAGUAACACCCUCCCCGUCGCUCCCCCAGAGAACGUGACGCGGCUGAUCCCGGAGCCGGGCACUUUGCUGCACGCGCGGGUGCUGCAGUACCGGGAGCUGCUGGACUCGCUGCCCAUGGACGCCUACACCCACGGCUGCAUCCUGCACCCCGAGCUCACCACCGACUCCAUGAUCCCAAAGUACGCGACCGCUGAGAUCCGCAGACAUUUAGCUAAUGCCAGCACUGAUCUGAUGAAGCUGGACCAUGAAGAGGAGCCACAGCUAUCAGAGCCCUACCUCUCCAAGCAGAAGAAGCUCAUGGCCAAGAUCUUGGAGCACGACAAUGUGAACUACUUGAAGAAGAUCCUUGGUGAACUGGGAAUGGUGCUGGACCAGAUUGAAGCUGAGCUGGAGAAGAGGAAACUGGAGUACCAAGGGCAGAAGUGCGAGCUCUGGCUCUGCGGCUGCGUCUUUACUUUGGCUGACGUCUUGUUAGGAGCCACCCUGCACCGCCUCAAGUUUCUGGGACUCUCAAAGAAAUACUGGGAGGACGGCAGCAGACCCAACCUCCAGUCCUUCUUCGACAGGAUACAGAAACGCUUCGCCUUCAGGAAAGUUUUGGGAGAUAUACACACCACCCUCCUCUCUGCAGUGCUCCCCAACGCCUUCAGGCUGGUCAAGAGGAAACCUCCCUCCUUCUUCGGAGCCUCCUUCCUGAUGGGAUCUCUGGGGGGAAUGGGAUAUUUUGCUUAUUGGUACUUAAAGAAAAAGUACAUCUAGUGCUGGCUGCUCGGUGUUUAGUUUGGUGUCUCUCUGUGCUGUGUGAAAUUAUGAUGAAGCCUCAGUAACUGUAAUGAAAUUUGAAGCAAGGUAAUGAAUAAUUAUAUUGUUUAAUGUAACAUUCCAUAGUCUAGAAGUAGAAACGUGCACUGCAAGGAAAUAAGACAACAACA